CAACCUUCAUUCCAGUCAUGCUGAAAGCUGUGGGACAGGCUCUGUUCUCAACCGGACUGCAGAACCCUAAAUACACAGAAGGAGAGAAGAAAGAGGGACAAGACUACGAGAUCCGCACAUACCUUGCCACAAACUGGGUGAGCACCACUCUGAGUGGUAUGGAAUGGGACGCGGCCCUCAGCGCAGGCUUCCGCAAGCUCUUCAAAUACAUUCAAGGCAACAAUCAAAACAGUGAGUGAAAGUGGGAGAUGACGGCUCCUGUGUCGUGCCGUGUGGACCCUGGAGCCGGCCCCGCUUGUGAGUCUCGGUUCACCGUGUCCUUCUACAUCCCAGAGGAGCAUCAGGACGCCCCCCCGCAGCCGAGCGACCCCGACUUGUUUGUGGAGCACCGGAAAGAGUUCACAGCUUAUGUCAGGACAUAUGGGGGUUUCUCCAAUGAGAAAAUUAAGCAUGAAGAGCUUCUGAAACUUAUUGAGAGCCUGAAGAGGGACGCAGUUCAAUACGUCGACCAUCCCGUCUACGUAGCCGGGUAUGACAGUCCCUUCAAACUCACCCACCGCAGGAACGAGGUGUGGAUCCUGAAGAAGGAGCAGGAAUAAUAUGUUUAAUGUUUACACUAAGCUCUGACCACUACAAGCUUUACAUAACCACAUCAUGGAAGAACAAAAAAUACAUGAGGGAAAAAAUAUACCUAUUGUGUAUGUGGAACAAAAUGGAAGGUCACACUGACUAAAUACUUUUUGUAUAUUAUAUUAAUUUGUGUGUUGUGCUUUAUUACCUUUGACUAAAAGUUACUGAAUUGUACACUUACUGAUGGUCUUGACAAAGAGUCCUAACAAAUUAUUACAAUAGCAUUUAAAAGAAAAAAACUAACAAAACCCCCGGGGAAAAACUGCAUGCAAUAGUUCAAUAUUACCAGUAGGUGGCGCCAACUAGUCAGAAAACAUUCCUCAUUUGGUGCGUCUUGUCAUGACAAAACCACAAGUGCCUCUUCAUUAUUUUAUUACAAAUUGAUUUGUUAUGUGAGAAUUCAAUUUGUUUACCUAAAUAGUAAUAUGAAAAGACUGAUGAAAUAAAGGGUAGGUUCACAUGUUUGAAAGCAAUAAUUGCAAUGUAAUGGUUCCUCUUGUCUGUUAGAGUUGCCAAGAGAAUGCUAAAUGAUGCGCGACUGCGAACAAAUGCAAUCGAAGUUGAGCCAUAACCAAUAUGAUGCUUUAACAGUCAGAGAUAGUGUAAUUAGGCUCCUAUCCUCCAAUCUAAAGGGUUUCUUUUUGUCUUACUGCAGCUCAGAAAAGGCUACACCCUUAGUUCAACGCCAAGAGAGAUAUUUGUUUAAAACAUACACAUUUUUUUAUUAAAAUAAAUCGGCCGUCACUUGCAUUGAAAUCACCCCAGAAAGAAAUCUCUUGGCAUCCAGUGUAGACAAGAGGAAUCUUUACAGAACCCAUCUCAAUGUACACAUGCUCGUAUUGUGUUGCUGUGAGCAUCUCCUUUCACUCUGACAGCAGGUUUUCCCUUUAUCAGUCAGUGUACCUGCUGUGAAGGUGACUUGGAAAUCUGAUCUCAGACUUCACUUUCUGUCACCUUAUCACGCUCGUUGUGAUGAGCGAGGGAGUUGGUUUAAAUCUAGACCAGUCAUGCUUGCAAAAUCAAGAAAACAUGUGCAUUACCUCAAUAAUUUUAUGAAGAGCUUAUUAUAUACUAGAAGUUGUGUGUUUUGAAUCCUGCAAAUAUGAUGUUUAAGAAUGUAAAAAUGUAUGAUCUCAUUAUUAAUAAAUAUACCUCUGCAUUAAA